CGAUCGCUACAGUAUAGAAACGGAUACGGUAACAUACGUUACUCCCAAUACGUUAUUAUUUUCGCGUUAUACACACGCAUUGAAGUGAAGUGAAUAUUUGUGAUACAUUCCAGUGUUUAGAAUUAAAAUGGAAUCUCCAGUUGUAUUGGAUAAACCACCGGAAUAUCUUGGGAAUACCGCUAGAAAUAAUGAACGCGGUUUCCCAUUUGAUGAGGAGGAGGGGUCAGGAGCGUGGAGCGAGCUCGCGGCGCGGCAUCCUGACAUAGCGGCGCGGCUACGGCAACGGCCCGCCACUUGGGCCAGGAAGCGACGACCCUCCAGCCAGGACGCUACAGACGAUUUCGGGGACAGCUUCGGUGGCUUCGACAGAUUUCCAUUUGACGAUAUCCCGCCAGAGUUCAGAGAACACUUCCCGUCACGUUGGAACCGCGGGUUCAGUUCACGUGACGAACCAGAACCACAGACACAAGCGUCGCCACAACCACCAUCGCCGAGCCAACAAACUACAGCAACACAGACUGAACAGAAUCCGGGGCCGUCCCAAAACGAUCAGCAGUCAUUUUUACCACAGUACGGUUUAAGAAACACAGUUGAUCUCGGUCAAAAGAGUCCAGCCGAUCCAAGCAUAGUUGAUGCUGAGGAGAGAAAUCAGAGGUCUAUGUCAGCGCCCCCAGACAAUCGAACAGCCAACCACAAUUUCUCUAACAAAAUGAGUGAACAGAACCAUCACGAACAACAGCAUCCGACUCAUUCGGAGCAACAGCAGCAGCAACAACAACCAUCAAAUGUACGGCAUAUUCCCAUUUUUGUGGAGGGACGAGAUGAACCAGUAAUUAACAGAUCUGUUGAUCAUGGUGAACCCAAACAAACAUACGCCCCGCCACCGCCGCAACCUCAUAUAGACAGAGAACAGUAUUUCGCAGACGAACCUGUCGGAUUUCAUGCACCUCCAAACUUUUCAAGAGCAUUUGGUACGCCGUUCAAUACUUUUAGGCAAGGUCCACAGCCAUUUGCUCAGCAGAAAGUAUAUCCACAGACUGCGUUUGCACGUGGUGCUUCGCCUCAAAGAUCUCAGUCUCCAAAACCUCAGAUGUUUCCUGAUGAACAUUAUGUACAAGUUCCAGUACGUCACGAAUUUAGUAAGUCUGCUCCUCCGUCCCAACCUAAGCAGCAACAGCGAGCUCAACAACAGCCGCAUCAGCAACCCCAACACCAGCAACAACAACAACCCCAACAGCAGCCGCAACAGCAUCCACCAAAACAACAAACUCCACCACACCAGGAAAUUCCUACACAGCAACAGCAGUCCCCACCUCAGCCCAAACCACAACAGCAAACAGCUAAUGAUCCAAUUUCUCAAAUCCUUAGUAUUCAAACAGAUGUCUUAAACCUAAUGACUGACGUCGAAAACUUCACAGGUACUAAAAAAGACAAGCAGUACAUUUAUCUAGAUGAGAUGUUAACGAGGAAUCUCAUUAAAUUAGAUAAUAUUGAAACAGACGGUAAAGAAAACAUUAGGCAAGCAAGAAAGGAGGCCAUUAAAUGUAUUCAGAAAUGUAUAGCAGUAUUAGAAGCUAAAGCUGAAAACAAAGGUGGAAGUACACCUCAACCCCAGGAAGUUCCUCAACCACAAAAUGAUGUUGAAAUGAAGGAAAAUGCUGAAAAUGUUCAAAACACAAAUAAGAUUACAGAGAAUGGUGAAGUAGAGAUGAAAGAUACCAAAGAGGAAAUUAAAACUGAUGAGCAUCAGGCAGCUCAGCCAGAGGCUCAGGAACAGGUCGUUAAGGCUGCUAAUGAAAAAACUGAGGUGCCAAAAUCACAGGAACAAAAACUGGAAACCAAUAAAGAGGGUGCCCAGCCUGAGGUAACUGACACGCGACCUGUAGAUAACGAAACAUCCAAACAAAAAACUGAAACCAAACAAGAGGCCGAAAAGAAAGAAGAAAAGAAGGCCACUAAAGGUGCUAAAAAUACGAAGAAACGCGAUAAAAGUAAAGAUAAGAAAGCAAAUGUAGAUAGCAAUAAGGAACAAAUAGAAGGUAAAGAAAUAAAUAAGGUAGAAGUAAUGCAAGUGGACGAUAAAGGUGAUAAGGCAGAAACGCAGACAAUGGAAGUAGAUGGUGCUGCUAGUCAAUAAAUUUAGCUUGGCGUUAGUGAAUUGUUUAAUGUAGAUACACAAUUUAAUAUCCGAUGCACCGCGGGGCCUAAAUGCAUCUGCCUUCCUUUUUGUUAACUCUUUGUGAAUAAAAAUAACACUGGUGUUGACACUCUACUAUAUUAUAGUGUUUAUGUUUGUACAUUUACGUUUUUAAUAUUAAAACAUUGUAAUGUAAAGCUAUUUGUUGUAUUUAGGAUUUAAAUGGUCUUUUUUCUUAUUUAAAUCCUAAUAUUUAAUUAAUUUAUUGUUUAUCAUUACUGAUAACGCAAUUUUCUCAAUAAAUAUUGAAUACAAAA